GGCUCAGACUGGUCCCAGUUUCUUUCCGACAACAGCCUUGGACCAUGCAGCGGCUGGCAUCGGCGCAGGUACCGUCGCGGUGCUAUGUAUGCAACCGCUGGAUCUCCUAAAGGUCAAGUACCAAGUCGCAAGAACUUCUCCGAAGGGAGGCCUCGGACGGGCAAUCUGGUUCUCGUUGAAAGAAAUCAAGGAAACGCAGGGGUGGAGGGGUUUAUACAGAGGCGUCGGAACGAACAUUGCUGGGAACGCGUCAAGCUGGGGGUUUUAUUUCCUCUUUUAUAAUAUGCUGAAGAAAAGGACCGCUGGAGACGACGUCAAUUACCAGAUGUCUGCAGGACAAUACCUCCUAUGCUCUGCGGAAGCGAGCGCUGUAACCGCAGUCAUGACUAAUCCUAUAUGGGUGGUGAAAGUUCGUAUGUUCACGACGCGGGCAGACUCUCCUAUGGCCUACCGGGGUCUAUGGCAUGGGUUGACCUCCAUCGUGCAGACGGAAGGCUGGAAAGGCCUGUGGCGCGGGACAACUCUCGCCCUUGUCGGCGUAGGCAAUGGGGCCCUGCAGUUCAUGGCAUAUGAGAAGAUGAAGCAGUGGGGUUUCGAGAGGAAACGUGCAAGCUUCGUGAAGUCUGGAAGAGAAUACACGGCCGCAGAUGACAAACUAUCCAACACAGCUUAUACGAUCAUGUCUGGUGCCAGCAAGCUCUUUGCCCUGACCGCAACGUAUCCCUAUCAGGUUGUGCGGUCUCGAAUACAGAAUAACGCUACAGCUCACCUAUAUCCAACGAUACCCGCCUGCAUAUCUCGUACAUUCCGGGAAGAGGGUGUCAAAGGCUUCUAUCGCGGACUAGGGACGAACCUCGUCCGCGUCUUGCCCGGGACGUGCGUCACCUUUGUCGUCUAUGAGAACCUUGCAUGGCUAUUACGGACUACUGCUACAAAGCGGGAAGCCAGGAGAGCGAGCUAAUACUAAUACCGGCUGUGCACUACGACCGCGUUCUCUCAUAGACAACCUUCCAAGUAUAUCUUAUGUUGUAUAUCUUAGCCUCGGUAGGAAAAAGUAUAUCGCUGUAAUCUUCAGAAUGGCAGUUAAUGCGUCAUUUCUCCAUACUAUUCCAUGACUUCCGUUC